UGAAACCACCUUCAAUUUUUUUGCUUCCAUUUCGAAUCCUCUCUUCCCACGGAAACGAAAAAAAGAAUCAACGCGGAGGAAGAUAAUGCAUUGUUUGAUCGAGCGGCAAGCCGAUCUGCUGCUCCUUGAUUGAUUCAUUCGAUUGGGUUUUUCUGAUUAUUUGGAUUUUUUAUUUUUCAAAUUUUGAUUCCUGGGUCGGUGGAAUUUUAUUUGGAGAAAAUAUGUCUUACGCUUACCUCUUCAAGUACAUUAUCAUCGGUGACACAGGUGUUGGAAAAUCAUGCCUGCUUUUGCAGUUCACGGACAAACGGUUUCAGCCAGUGCAUGAUUUGACCAUUGGUGUUGAAUUUGGGGCUAGAAUGGUCACAAUCGACAACAAACCGAUAAAGCUACAGAUUUGGGACACGGCUGGUCAAGAAUCAUUUAGGUCUAUUACAAGGUCUUACUACAGAGGUGCUGCUGGGGCGCUUCUCGUUUUUGACAUCACGAGGAGAGAAACUUUCAACCACCUUGCAAGUUGGUUGGAAGAUGCAAGACUACAUGCGAGUCCAAAUAUGACGAUAAUAUUGGUUGGAAACAAGUCUGAUCUGGCGCACCGAAGGGCUGUCAGCGUUGAGGAAGGGGAGCAGUUUGCUAAAGAACAUGGAUUGAUGUACAUGGAGGCUUCUGCCAAGACAGCUCAAAAUGUUGAGGAGGCAUUUAUAAAGACUGCCUCGACCAUCUACAAGAAAAUCCAAGAUGGAAUUUUCGACGUGUCUAAUGAGACAAACGGGAUCAAAGUUGGAUAUGGAGGAGUUCCCGGGCCAUCGGGAGGGAGAGAUGGUGCUGCUGCUCAGGGAGGAGCCUGCUGUAGCUGAACACUUGCAUUAACUUUUUCAUUUUCAAUUUCAAGACUUCUAUAAACUUCUUAAUACAUAUAUAGUGUCAUAUUAUUGCUAUACUAUAAUUAUCUUAAUGAAGUCUUCAUCUUAAUUUAAUUAUUACCCUUCUA